AUGGAGUCUACGAAUCGCCUGAGUGCCAUCCAAACUCUGUUGGUGGUCCAGCGGUGGAUAGGACUUUUAAAAUGGGAAAACCAGGAAGAAGAUGGUCUUUUAACCAGUCUAAAGUGCAUUUAUCCCUUUGUGCUGCACCUGCCGCUGACUUUUACCUAUAUAGCACUCAUGUGGUAUGAGGCCAUUACCUCAUCGGAUUUCGAGGAAGCGGGUCAGGUUCUGUACAUGUCCAUAACCGAACUGGCCCUGGUCACCAAGCUCCUGAAUAUUUGGUAUCGCCGAAAGGAAGCAGCUAGCCUCAUCGACGAAUUGCAACACGAUCCUUCAUAUAAUUUACGAAAUGCCGAAGAAAUUGAGUUUUGGCAGCGAAAUCAGAGGGACUUUAAGCGCAUCUUUUACUGGUACAUCGGUGGCAGCCUCUUCGUGGCCUUAAUGGGUUAUGUAAGCGUAUUUUUCCAGGAGGACUACGAGCUGCCCUUCGGCUACUACGUGCCCUUUGAAUGGCGCACCAAGGAGCGAUAUUUCUACGCCUGGGGGUACAAUGUGCUGGCCAUGACCCUGUGCUGCCUAUCCAAUAUUCUCCUGGACACUCUGGGCUGCUACUUCAUGUUCCAGAUCGCCUCGCUCUUUAGGCUGAUGGGAAUGCGACUGCAGGCACUGAAAGCUGCACCCGAGGAGCAGGCCAAGCCGGAGUUGCGACACAUUUUCCAGCUCCAUGCCAAAGUCCGUCGACUGACGAGGCAGUGUGAAGUGCUAGUUUCCCCCUAUGUGCUAUCCCAAGUGGUCUUUAGCGCCUUCAUAAUCUGCUUCAGUGCCUAUCGACUGGUGCACAUGGGCUUCAAGCAGCGACCCGGCCUCUUUCUCACCACCGUGCAGUUCGUGGCCGUCAUGAUCGUCCAGAUUUUCCUGCCCUGCUACUACGGCAAUGAGCUGACCUUUCAUGCCAAUGCCCUUACGGAUAGUGUCUUUGCCACCAACUGGCUGGAGUACUCGGUGGGCACUCGCAAGCUGCUCAACUGCUACAUGGAGUUCCUCAAGCGGCCGGUGAAAGUGCGAGCUGGGGUGUUUUUCGAAAUAGGCUUGCCCAUCUUUGUGAGGACCAUCAACAAUGCCUACAGUUUCUUCGCCCUGCUGCUAAAGAUAUCCAAGUAA